CAAGAAAAUACAAUUAUAUCGUCUUUUAAAAAAAAAAAACUUUGUCGCCCACAAUUUUUUGAAGGCAGGGGGAUCUCAUCAUCAAAAUAAUGGCGCUUCACAAUUGAAAAACCACAAACAAGAAUGGGAAAACUCAGGGCAAAAUCUGACUAUGAAGAAAUCAGAAAUGCCCGUCUUCUUGAAAAUCAGGCACGACUGGCCUCACUAGGACUUCAGAAAACAAUCUCAGAACUCAGAUCCAUCACUUCAUCACCAAAAUCUGAUAGGACCAAUGUGAGGAAAUGCCAAAAACUUGACUAUAGCUCCACUCCAUUGCGCCGUUCCGCUCGCUUGAUAGGAAAAUCGCCAUCUUCAAAUGGAGAUUUGGUGAAUUUUCAAGGUCUUGACAGUGAAGAUGACAAGAAUCGACCUGCAAAUGCACCUUUAUUGAGUAUCAGAAGAAGUUUGAGGCCGAAGCUUUCACCAGAUGCUUUGACUCGUCGUUGCACAAGCAAGGGCAGGGGGAGUUUGUAUGAUCCUAUUUAUGGAAUUUGCUGCCAUUUCUGCAGGCAAAAGAAACUAUGCGGUGAGGAAGAUUGCGAACGAUGUGGCAAUCAAGACAUGGAUCAACCUUGCAUAGGAAAAACAGAUUGCUCCAUUUGCCAUUCUAGCAACGGUGUUCUUUGUCGAGCUUGUCUCAAGGUUAGAUAUGGAGAAGAAAUGGAAGAAGUGAAGGCGAAAAAACAAUGGAUAUGUCCUCACUGCAUGGAAGAUAAAGGAAUUAAUCCUUAUUGGAUAUGUAACAGCUCAAUCUGUUUAAAGAAGCGAAAGAUGGCUCCUACCGGGAUAGCCAUAUAUAGAGCUAAGGAGUUGGGGUACAAAUCUGUGGCACAUCUCUUGAUGGACGAGCUCCAACGAGCAGACAAAAGGCGAUGAACGAAGUCAGUUUCAACAUCAAAAUAUGCCUUCCUUCAGGAGCGGAGCAUAUACAAAUAGGUUGUCAACCUUUUGUAACUAAUUUUAGAACUGAGCUGAUCCUACUGCCAGUAAGACACUAUGAAAUCAGAAUCAUCUGAGAACUUAUAAUUA